UGCCAAGUGAGAGGCUUUGGCGACAUAUGUCACUUCAGUGAGUCUCCUGUCGCUCCUUUAGCCGCUUGAGUGGAGGGGCGGGCAGGGAGGCGUGUCUGUGCACCAGGAGAGGAGCAACGUGAGGUGGAGGAGGAAGGACAUGUCAGAGUAGUUGGUUCAGAGAGAGUUGUUGGAAUGAUCCCUUGAUGGUCCUGCCCUGUCCUGUUUUAUGGACUUGUAGCACAGCUGCCUUGGGCCUCCGCUAAAGGUGGACUGAAGAUGUGGAAUCACUCAAAAUCCAGUCCUCUGUGCUUUACAAAUUCCAAGUGACGCCAGUUGAUCAGAAUCAACACCUUCUCCUGAUCUCUACUCUAUUAACCAGUGGAGGGUGAUGAGGUUGGUGGGGAGCCUGCAGCUUGCUCUGCUGUUGGCCUUGACCUCCAGGUCAGCAGGCCUUGAUAUCCCUCUGGAAGUGGAGCAGCCUCCAACCAUAGUAACUCACACAUCUGGUCCCGUUGUUGCUCUUCCUUAUGAUCACACCGUAACUAUCAGGUGUGAAGCGAGGGGCAACCCACCUCCAGAAUACAGAUGGACAAAAGAUGGAGAAGAUUUUAUCCCUCCACACGUUACGACAAACAAAACACACCACACAGAUGGCACUUUUGUGCUUCACACCAAGGACCUUGCCCACUUUAAGGGUAGAUACCAAUGCUACGCUUCCAACAAGCUGGGCACUGCCAUGACGGAGGAGAUUGAACUGAUAGUUACCAGUAUCCCCAAGUUUCCCAAGGAGGCAAUUGCCCCCAUUGUGGUUAAGGAGGGAGAGCCAAUCACACUGCACUGUAACCCUCCAGAAGGCGUGGCCCCACGUAAGAUCUACUGGAUGACUAUUGGUCUCCAGCACAUUGAGCAGGAUGAGAGGGUUUCCAUGGGCAUUGACGGCAACCUGUACUUCUCUAAUGCCUUACAGAAAGACAAUCGUCCGGACUACUGUUGCUUUGCCUCCUUCCCCAGAAUACGCACCAUCGUCCAGAAAAACGCCUUGGCUGUCGUUGUCAAGAGCUUGAAACCUGACAAUGAAUCUGCUGACAGCAGUGCCCCAGCUGAAGCCCCCCCAGUGAGAAUGCCUGGCCUGCUGCUGCCCUCUGGUGUUCAGACAGAGAAGGUGCUGUUGAAGGGAGAGAACCUGCAGCUUGAGUGUAUAUCGCAUGGAUAUCCCACUCCGAAGAUAGGAUGGAUGAAAUUGGGAGACAGGCUUCCUCCACGGGCACAGCUGAACAACUUUGGGAAGAUGUUGAAAAUAUCUGCUGUAGAAGAGAGUGAUGGCGGGAAAUACAUGUGUACAGCCAAAAACUCUGCUGGAGAGGCUGUCCACUACUUUGACGUAAUAGUAGAAGAGCCGCCAAAGUGGCUGACAGAGCCUCCUCAGAGCCAGCUGACUGUGAUCGGGUCUGAUGUUCACAUCAAGUGCUCGGUCAGUGGAAAGCCACCGCCAGACAUAACAUGGAGGAGGAAUGGAGAAGUUUUCAGAGAUGACCCAUCCAGUGACACACGAGUGCUUGAUGAUACUGUGGUGAUCCAUAACGCCAGGCCAGAGGACAGUGCUGUCUACCAGUGUGAAGCCUCCAACAGUCAUGGCAGUAUUCUGGCCAACAUUAACAUCAUGAUCAUGAAUAUAACUCCUCAGAUACUGACAAGGGACUACCAAGAGUAUGCUGUAAUACUGGGAGGGGACAUCAUCAUGGACUGCAGUGUUUUCAGCUCUCCACCACCCUCCAUCAGUUGGACCAAAGAUGGGCUUCCAGAUACCAUCGAGGGGGAACGGGCUUUUGCUCUCCAAAAUGGAUCUUUGCAAAUCUCCAAUGCAGAAAAAAACGACAAUGGGAAAUAUUCGUGUAUUGCCUAUAACACGGAGGGCUUGUCAGCCGUCAGUGCUGUGCUUCAUGUGAAAGACCCCACGAAAAUAAUAAAUCCACCUCAGGAUGUACAGAUCAUCAGUGGGACCACAGCUCAGUUGAUGUGCCAGGCAGAGUAUGAUAAAAGCCUGCUGGGCACCUUUGAGUUGGUAUGGAGGAAAGAUGGGAAGGAGAUCCCACUUUCCUCUGAGGAAAAUUCCAGAUAUUUUGUGGCCGAUGGUAUGCUGCACAUCAUGAAUGUGAACCUGAGUGAUCAGGGAAUAUACACAUGCAUUGCUAGAACCAGCCUAGAUGAGGACAAUGCUACUGCACUGCUCACCGUACUGGACGUUCCUGAUGCUCCCCAAAAUUUAGAGAUAUCUGAAAUUAAGAGUCCGAGAAAUGUUCGCCUGUCUUGGGUACCAGGGAGUGAUCAUAACAGCUCGGUAACAGAAUUUAUAGUAGAGUAUGAGGAGAGCCAAUGGGACCCUGGCAAGUGGAAGGUGCUACAGAAAGUACCCGGUAACCAGGCAACAGCAGAGCUUGCACUACAUGGACACCUAAACCACCAGUUCAGAGUUUAUGCUGUUAAUGCCGUUGGACCUGGACCCCCCAGUGAGCCAACUGAGAGAUACAGAACACCCCCUGCUGCCCCUGAUAGGAACCCAGAAAACAUCAAAAUUCAAGGUCAUCAUCCUUAUCAAAUGGACAUUAGCUGGGAGCCACUGUUGCCCACUGAACACAAUGGCCCAGGCCUGGAGUACAAGGUGAGCUACAGGAAACUUGGGGUGGAAAACAACUGGACUGACCAUCUAGUCAGAAGACACCUUUUUGUUGUGAGGAACACAUCUGCUUUUGUCCCCUACGAGAUCAAAAUUCAGAGCAGGAACAGCCACGGCUGGGCACCAGAACCUAAAGUUUUUACUGGUUACUCUGGAGAGGAUGUCCCUACUGCAGCACCACGGAAUGUAGCAGUGGAGGUGAUCAACACCACUGUUCUGAGGGUUAGCUGGACCCCGGUUCCACCUGCCACAGUGAGAGGUCAUCUAGGGGGCUACGAUGUUCAGUGGUUGAGAAAACGAAGUCUGCUGAAUCCCAACAAGAUUUUAGAUGAGUGCCAGUCUCUGUCUUUUCCUGGGAAUAGGAGUCACGCAAUUGUGUCGGGCCUCCAACCUUUCUCCGAGUACAGACUCACUGUCAAUGUUUUCAACAAGAAGGGGAAAGGACCCAACAGUGACCCGGCCACUUUUAACACUACAGAGGGAGUUCCUGAGCAAGUGCCCAUCCUGACUGCCUCCAACGCCCAGAGAGACUCCAUUCUGCUGGUAUGGGGCCCACCAUUGGAGGCAAAUGGCAUCCUCACUGGUUAUCUCCUGCAGUACCACCUCAUUAAUGAGACCACACUGGAGGCGGUUGAUUCCCAGGAGAUAAACAUCACUGGGGCUGACACCACCCAGCGGAAGCUUGAGGGCUUAGAGGAAGGCAGCCUCUACCGCUUCCGCCUCAGUGCGUGCACUCGAGCAGGUUGUGGACCUCCGUUGGCCCAGGAGAGUAGCACCGUUGUUGUUGCGGGCCACAACUGCUCUCACCCCUCUCCCAGCUUUAUCGCAGGCAAUCCAACUCAUCUUCCUUUAGUUCCAGCCCUGUUGAACAUAAGCUCUUAUGUGAGUGACACCUUUGCCAAAAUCAGCUGGACUGCCACAGAAGAGCAGCAGGACUCGCAGGUUUAUGUGGCUUAUAUGAAUAACCGUGAUGGUAACUGGCGGAUUUCAGAGGCUGUUAACACUUCUCAAAGUUUCCACAUAAUUGACGGGCUCAAACCUGGGGCGGUGUACACCAUACGCCUCUUGGCCAAGAGGCUGUUCGAUAACGCUAGCAUUUUCGAAGAUGUUAUCCAGACUCAAGUCAAAGGCGUGGAAGGUCAGCGGAGCGACUUUUCAACUCAGGGCUGGUUCAUUGGGACCAUGUGUGCUGUGGCGCUGCUCACCCUCGUUGCUCUCAUGGCCUGCUUUGUGCAGAAAAACAAAAGUGGCAAGUAUGCAGGUACGCCGCCGCCGCCGCCGCUCCAGCGACAAGACAUGUUCUCCAUGGAAAAAGUGAAAGAGAAGGAGGACCUCCACCCUGAUGUGGAGUCACAAGGAAUGAAUGAUGACACCUUCUGUGAAUACAGUGACAGCGAUCAGAAGCCACUGAAGGGCAGUAGCUUGUGUUCCCUGGUGGGGGACAGCGUCAGCAGAGACAGCCUGGUUGACUAUGCCGACGGUGGAGAAGAAUUCGAUGAGGACGGUUCAUUUAUCGGAGAAUAUUCCGGACCCAAGCACAGAGGCUCUGUUAGUGAGCCCAAUGGACCCAGCUCUGUCACUGCAUAAAGCUAUGCUCCAACUGAAACUGUCUACUUCAAAUCCUUUCAAAAUCCUUUUUAAAUUCAUCUUCCAUGGCAUCAAAUAUAGCUUGAAUUGCCAAAUAUAUGGGGGGGGGACUCAAAUGUGCAGAAGUUUUUACAGCAGGCAGAAGAAGGGACUGGAAUGGGAAGAAUAGACCCACCAUACACAUCAGUGUGAAAACCAUGUGAGUGUUUGUACAUACUUUAAGAGAAUGACCUGUAUCAUUUGAGUGUUUCAUGAUUUUGUUAAUGAUAAUAAAGAUCUUUUUGUACCUAUCAGCCAAAA